UCUUGUCUUAUUUAAUGUGUUUUAAUAGAUAAUGCUCACUUUGUGAUCACAAAACUAGUUAUAAGUAGCACGGGUAUGUUUGUAGCUGUAGCCAUACAAAAAUUAUCCACUUUUAAUGCCAAAAAUCAUUAGGAUAUUAAGUAAAGGCAUGUUCCAUGAAGAUUUUUGUACAUUUCUUAAUGUAAAUGUAUUAAUCAUUGGUAAUAUGGGUGAUUCUUACGGAAUCCAGACUUAGAAAGUGUCCAGUAUCAGUUUUUUUUUAAAACCUCUUGCACAUAAGAUUAAGGUAUGAACUUACUAUAAGCAUUAUUUUUAAAGGAUUUAAAAAAUAUUUCCUAUAGAAUUAUUUAAAAUUUUUAGAUUAUCAUUAUCAAAAAUUAUCAUUACCGAAACAUAUUACAUUAAAUAUAUGCAUUUACAAACUCAUGUUUCGGUAAUGAGAACUAAAAUGUUGUCUAGGUACUAUGACAAAGUUUCAACUUUUAUCUGGAGAGAAAAAAUAAGAACUGCUUACCUGGUAGCCAUCUUGAGUGUCACAGUCAAUGUCCCAACUAAUCUUUUUUUUUUUUUUGAAAAUGUUGGUUCCUUGAGGGAUUAAACAAUGAUUGAAAAUUGUUGCGGAGGAUGAGAUAUUUUUUCUUGGACACAAUUAUAUUUUCCUUAUUUUCUCUACAUUUUACCAAUGAUCACCAGAUACCACAUGUUUCUUUACUGUAAAUGUUUAUAGCACAUACUGAAGCUUUUUAUUGAUUCGAUUUUUUAAAUUAUUAAUAUUUCCAUGUCAAAGAACCCAAAUCCAUUCAUGGAAAAAUUUCCCCCUUAAAUGUAAAAAAAAAUUGUCAUUUGAAAUCAUGUGCAAAAUAGUACAUGAAGAGAUGUUUGUAACUGUAUGCUUUUAAUUUUGAUACUCUUACUUUGCAUUUACUUUUAUUUUUUAUCAAAUUGUUUCAUGACACCUCAUAAGUCUAAUUUUGCGAGAAUCACCCAGAUGUGUUGCUAAACACUUUAUUUGGACAACUUUAAAGGUGAUUUAAAAAAAAAAUUCUUUUUGCAGCCUCAGAUUCCAGAUUUUCAAAUAGUUGUUUCUCGGCCAAAUAUUGUCAUAUCCUAACCAAUAUAAAGCUUUAUUCAGCUUUCAGAUGUAUAAAUCUUAAUUUUAAAGGGGUCAUAUUAUGAGAUUUUUUUAAGGUAAGUUAAAAUAAGUCUUUGGUCUCCCCAAAGUACUUAUGUGAAGUUUUAUUUUAAAAUCCCCACAGAUAAUUAAUUCUAGCAUGUUAAAAUUCCCAUUUCACAUUUUGUAAAAAUGUGCCGUUUUUGGGUGUGUCCUUUAAAAUGCAAAUGAUGCUGGCAAAAAAUGGCUUACCAAAACAAAGUUACGGGGUUGUUCAUUUUCACAUUUUCUAGGUUGAUGGAAGCACUGUUAUAGCACUAAAACAUGGAAAAAGUUAGAUUUUCACGCUAUGACCACUUUAAAAAAAUGACUCUUUUGACUGGUUUUGUGGUCCAGUUUAAAAGUACAUUUCUUUUUUAUAUCUAACAAAAACAGAACUAGUAUUCCAAGAUUACACUAUUUACUUUCAAGCAGCUGUUGAAUUUUGUCAACAAAUAAAAUUACUAAACAAUAUAACCAUCAUAUUCUGUUUUAAUGCAAAUUACACAAUGGUUUGUUUACCUCCCUUGUAUGGUAUUGCUUGACCCCUAUUUGAGGCAGUACAAUCUGAUAACUGCAGGUUGGGAAACUGCAUGACCUUUGUCACAUGAGCAGCACUUCUGAAAAAAAAAAUCUUGACCAGUGCACUUUCAGAUUCUAUAAUGAAAUAUCCGUUUGAGAAAGAAAAUGAUCCAGAAUUUAAUCCCAUGAAGUUAUAUGUUGAAAAAUCCUUUGCCAUUUUACAAAACUUGUGGAAACUGCAAAGCUACCUGUGAGUUAGGCACUUUCAUAAAAUGGCACAUUAUACCCCAUUCUCCUUUAUAUAAGUCACAUGUAAUAUAACAUUCUUUCAUUAAAGGUGUUCAAGACCGAUGUUAUAAAUGUUUCCUGAAAAGUCUGGUAGCAUUUAAUAGCCACAACCGGCUGUUUUACGUAAAAGGAUUUUAUUUUGUUAUCUGUAUGUACCAUUGGAGCCCAGUAGGUCAUUUCUGCUCUCCAUCAUUUUAGCAUACUGCAUUAAACAACAUAUAAUCCUAGGAUUUUUCUGCCAUUAAGUGAUGGCUUUUGGAAAAAGUGCUGAUACCAGUUGGGUGUACGUUGAUACAGGACCUUUAAUCCAUUCAUGUUUUCCCUUGGAAUGAAGCAGUACAGACAUGUAGGCAUGUUGAGAGAACUUGAGGAUCUUUUAUUAUCUGUUAGUCAAGGAGCACUUUUACUGGAAUCACUUGGAUAGUAAGUAGUUAAACGUUCUAUCAUUUUGUAAUAACUUAUGUAAUAAAUUUGACAUUUUCAUAUUUUAUGUGAAUUUGUAAAAUGUUUAAUUUCAUCCUUUAAACCCACAGCUGAGAGGAACCAGCGAUGUGUCUUUUUCGUGUUGCCGUGUAUUUCCUCCUGCUCCCUCAUGCCCCGGCUAUGUGGUCCUGCACACGUUCCUGUCCACCUAGUUGCACCUGCACUCCAGAGAAGAACUGCAGCGUCCUGUGUGACCACGUCAAUAUGGUCGACCUGCCAAAAGAAUUCCCCUGCGAUGCCACAUCCAUAAACCUCGACAAGAACAGCUUGAAGUUUUUGUCCGAGCGGGCUUUCGGCACUCUGCCUUCGCUCAAGUCCCUCUCGCUAGACCACAACAACAUCUCCUUCAUCACACCAGGCGCGUUUAAAGGGCUCCCCAAUUUGGUGGAGCUCAGGAUGGCCCACAAUGAGUACAUCCGUUACCUGCACACCCGCACGUUCACGUCACUUAAACGUUUGGUGCGCCUGGAUCUUUCCGACUGUAACCUCUUCAGCAUGCCGGACCGCAUCUUCAUCGAGCAAAUUUCCCUCAAGGAACUGUUGUGUUUUAAUAACAACUUCCGACGCGUUCCCGGCACUUUGCGGGGGAUGGAAAACCUUACGCACGUUUACUUGGAACGCAAUAAGAUCGAAGCGGUAGCCUAUAACUCAUUAUUAGGCUUGGCCAACCUCAAGUACCUUAACUUACAGGAGAAUCACAUAAGCGUUAUCCAUGACGAAGCCUUCAAAGAUCUACUACGUCUGGAGAACUUCUACCUGAAUGAUAAUCUCUUGGUUGACCUACCCCAGCAGGCUUUCAAAGGCCUAAGCAACUUAAAAAUGUUAAACCUGGGUGGGAAUCUGUUGACCAAUAUCUCCAAAACAUGGUUCAGUGAUCUGGUAGAGCUUGAGGUGCUUUACCUGGAUCGAAACCGGCUGGCCUAUAUUGAGAAGGGCUCCUUCGAGAACCUCACGAGCCUCAUCGCACUUCACCUGAACAGCAACAACCUCACAUCUUUGCCAUUCUCUGUAUUUCAGCCCAUCUAUUUCAUCGGCCGCCUGUAUCUCUUUCGAAACCCUUGGGAGUGCAGCUGUGACCUGGUGUGGUUGAAAGAAUGGAUGGAGAGCUACAAGCUGGUGAGAGACAUCCCAUGCGCAUCACCUUCCUCUGUGGCCGGCCUGGAUCUGAGCGAAGUGGUCUACGCCCAUCUGAACGGGACUUGCGUGGAUCCACCGGAACUCAACCUCACCACCGCUCUUCCUGACUACACCACCACCACCACAGAGAACAAGUUCAACAGCCUCAUUUCCAAACUCCUGCAGCAGGAAUGGAGGGAUGAGAUGAUGAACUCUACAGACAGCUUGAGGAACGGCACUCAGCAGGACUCAGCUGAGAGUCAGGUUUCUUCUGGACCUGGACUCUUCUGUGCUAUUGAUGCAAUGUUUCUUAUAUUUCUCCUUCAAGCACAGAUUGGAUUUCUGUCGGACUGCAUUGAUGCCUGUUGAGAUGCAUCCAAGAAAGGAAGUAAUUUUCCAGUUGUCGGAUGAGAAAACAUCUGGAUUUAAGGCUGUGAUGAAGGUUGAUUUUUCAUGCCUUGGGUUUUCUCAUUAAACAGUCUGGCGGAUAAACCAGGAUUAAAGGUGACUGUUGCUUUAACAUGAAUCUCUUUAAAUGGAAAACAAGUCUUGCAUGUAUUCAAUGAGAUGGACACAAGCAUUAACAUGUGUACAACUCUCCUGAUAAUCUGCAACACAAGUUUAUACAUUUUGUGACAUUUGUCGUGUAUGAGAUUUGUCGGACAAAGCUUCUCGCUAUCAUUUCACCAGAUGGCAUGCUGUCCUCUUUUGUUUGGUUCAUUGAGCUGGGUAAGUUUCCAGUUCUGGAAAAUGCAUUAGCCCUCAUUUUCUGUGAAGCUUAAGUGCACUCUGUAAUGUAAGCUGCUUCAUAUCAUAACCAAAUGGAUUGGCUUUAUUAUGGCUUUUUGCCAUUAUGAUGAUAUACCUCUUCUAUCCAUAGCACAAUAUAGACAUUAUUAGUGGAUGAUGGCACAAUCCUGAACUACUGACUCCAGGUUACAGCAUUAAAUAUUCAUCCAGGAGAUCCGAGUAAGAACAUUGGCAACUGUGCAAAAAUCUGUUUUAUCAUCUUGGUUGAAUUAAUAUAGACGUUUUAGCGUUAACAUUUUGUGGCCCAAACUUAACUUCCGGUACAAAAAGAAUCAAUAACAACAGAGUCCCUCUAGAGUAGAUCAUUUCUGAUGACAAGCAAAUAAAUAGCUUGGUAAUUACCUUAGUGUAUUAGUUGAUACACUUUAGAUUUAAACUGAGCUAACGUUACGGUGUAAAAUAAAUGUGUACAGCGUUAGAUCCUUGAAUUCUUGCCUGGAACCUCUCUUCGCACAGUGAUUCAUGGGUCCUGUCCCAAAUGGCACACUCCGGACUUGUGGUCCUCCUCAGAGUCCACACUUUGAUGACAUCACGUAGUCCAGACUUUAGGGACCCUUAAUGCGAGUCCACGUGGGUGCAACGGAGUCAUAUUUUGGGACAGACUCAAGCGUCACACCGGAAAUAGGUAGAGAAGUUGCCCGUCAGUGUGAGCUCCUCCCUUCCGUCGUCUGAUUGGUCUGAUUGCUCUUUCGCAAGGACUUCUGGGUUGGUAAAGUGCGCGAAGCCUGCUGCAGUGCGGGCUUUGCUGAAGACCGCAUCAAGGGGGCAAAGGAGGCGCUGAUGAGCACACUUCAAAGCGUAAAAAUGACAGAUGGGACACCCUACGGACUCGUGGACUAAGCGAGCACGCGCAAUUUAAGGCCACGAGACCGAAAGUCCACAUGAAGUGCGCCAUUUGGGACAGGGCCAUGCUCGCUGUCUCACCUCGUCUUUAGGAAACAAAACACUUUUUAUUUUCGACAAGGACUGUGUUUUUUAGUCAUAAGCCAGACUGAUAUAACAACCACAGACCGGAAGUUAACUUCGGGCCAGGGGCCUCAUUUAUAAAAUGCUGUGUAGAAACCAUCCUACAUUUGAUCUUACGAUCAUUUAUCAAAAAUGCAUAUGUGUGAUUCAUAAACCGAACUUAAGCACAGAAAACAUGCGCACGCCUUUAAAAUGUAUAAAUCGCAAAUGAUCUUGAACUUGUGCGCAGCUGAGCAGAUUCAGACCUCCGCCUUUAAACGAUGCUUAAUUAAUGUCAUAGACAUAUAAAAGAGCGCUUGUCAAUGUUAAAACCCAAUUUCAAGCAGCAAGAAUGGCUUAUAUUGCCAAAAACCUGCAGCAAUCGGACAAGCAAAAGUGCGUACGAGGCACUAAGCACUUUUCCACAUCAAAUUUUUAUCAAUAUGAACUUUGCCGUGGAUUUUUGCGUACACACACUUUACGAUUAAAUGUGUGUGUGCGCACACUUUAUAAAUGAGGCCCAGGUGCUUAACCUGUUUGUCCUAUGAAACCAUCUAUACUUAAAAAAACAGAUUAUUGUAUAAAAUAAUAAAUAUACUGAAAUAAAAAAUAAAAAUAUUUGAGAGUAUAUUUCUGUUACAUUUUUGAUGAGUCAUUAAUGGCAUUUAUUAAUAUUUUACUGCAUUUUAAAGAUGUUUAGCCUUAAUUGUUGUGUUAAACUGAUCUAAAAAAAUGCACAAUGCACUCACAUACAGUCGAGAUCCAUGUCAUUUUAUUUAUGAUAGGCUCUUAUUUUUUAGUCCAUUUUUGCCUAUGUUCAAUAGACUGUAUAUAAGGAGAGGACAGAAAAGUAAAGGGUGGAAAGAAGGAGCUGGGAUUUGAACAUGGGUCGCCUAAAGUGCGUCUGCACCAUAUACUACACCAUUGGCUGUGACAUGAUAGGCUAUUUUAAGGAAAACCUCAUUUAAAUUUUUGUAAAAAAUAGUUGGAUUUACUUGUUAUGGAAUUGACUACAGUUAUAUCAGUAAAAUCUAUUAUCAAGGUAAUAAGGUUUAGCUAAAUCAAUGUUUUGGUUAAGUCUGUCUUGCCUAUCUUUAGCUUAACUGAACAAGUUUCUCAGCAUUUGUGUAUAGGACAGCUCAAGUACAAGUCAGGCAGGUACACGGCUAUCUGCGUCAUCCAGAGCUCAGCAGGUAAAAGGUGUG